AUGCCAACUUUACAGAUUUUGAAGGAAGCUAAAAUAGUCUUCGAGGAGAAAAAGCACAUUUAUGAAAGCGUGUUGUUAACCUUCAAAGGUGUGGAUGGCUGGGAUGUAUAUAACUGUUCCGUGCCCUUUUUCUGGAAAGGCAAGAAGCACAUGUACGGUCGCGUGGAAAAGCGCAGUGAGUGGGCAAGUUCGCACGUACGCCUCUUCGUUGAAACUGGUAAGGAUGAGUUUACAGUGCUCCCAGAGGGAAUGACAUGGCUUCUGGAAGAUCCAUUUAUACAAAAAAUCAACGAUAUGCCGAUAUUUGGAGGUACGCGGAUCCGAAAGAGUGUUGGGAGAGUUGUUUCCUGCUAUUGCGAUUUCUACAAGGGCGAUCCUGAGAUAGGGUACUACUUUACCACCGGCCCGGAUAAUAUGAAGGAUGUUCGCUUAGUGCAGAUGCAAGAUGGGCGAAUUGGCAUUUUCACACGCUCGAACACCGAUAUUUACCCAUGGAUUGGUUUCACCAUAAUUGAUCGGAUUGAAGGUUUCACCCCCAAGGCCAUAGAAUCUGCGGAGCCUUUUGAUGUGAUGCACCCUGGGGUGAUGGGUGGCGUUAGCCAGGCUUUUCAAUUAUCAAGCGGCAAGAUUGGCUGUAUCGCGCGAUGCCAUUAUGAUUCAAAGGACAAUAACGAUAAAGCGUUGUCGGUUUGCGUGAACUAUUCCUUUGUUCUAGAUCCUGAAACGCGUGAAGUGGAUUUGGAGCGUAUUAUUGCCACGAGAGCAUGCUUUCCACCUUGCCCAACAAAGUCUGAACAUCUUGUCGAGUAUGUUUUCUCUUCUGGUAUUGUUAUGCGGGAUGAUGGGAAAUGUGACCUCUACAGUGGCAUUUGCGAUACUUCUCAGGGACGUGUUACGAUUGACUACCCGUUUGAGGGCUACGGUGAGAUAGUUGGUGAUUUGAAUUUUUAG